AAAGAACUUUUUCAAAGGUUCGGAAAGCACAAUGUGGAUUACUACUAUGCUGAGAUCAUGCAACAUUCACAUCUUAAAUCUCACAAGUGUGGUCUCAACCAAUGGAAUGCUUUUAAUGGUGAAAGCAAGCAGAAAGUUGGCGCCUUCAUGGCUGAACUUUCUACCCAGUGGAAAGGCAUGACCAUGGAGGAGCAGGAACUAGCUAUGGACGACUUAAUGCUCAAGAUUGGUGAACAGCAUGAAGUGAAGGAGCUCGCAGUCCACAAUGUCCCAUUACACACCUUUCACGACAGUAGAAAGACCUUAGAGUCCAUGGAUUGUGAGUUAGAGGCCCUGCACACAUGCACGGGGAUGGAAAUUCUUCUGUUCGCUGUCCAUUCUGAUGUCGACCAUUAUAAUCGGCCUCACGUCUUUCAAACUGACUGCGCUGUGUCUUUCUUCAAUGCUUGCUUUGGAAGUAUGGCAAAGACUCACAUACAGGAGGUCCUCAAGUGGAAGAAGAAGACCAGCGAGCUCAUUUUAACAAAAAUCUCAGCCACUCCGCUGAAGAUUUCACAGAUGUACUAUGUCAAUUUUGACAACAACAUCACCUCCAAGUACCAUGUUGUCUGCAAGAACUGGCCACUCUCCAAAUUUUGUUGCCCCGGGGAUAUUAGCUCUCUCAAUGAGCUUCGUGUUCUCUUUCAUGCCUUUAUGAUGAAUGCAACUAAAUUCCAGAGGCUUUCAGAUAUGGAGUUUCAGCAGUGGAUGGAGCAGCACUUCCAGCAAGCAUUGGCACAGUCUAGUAGGAACCCGAGCGACACCAGUGGUGAUGACGCAAACUCCAACAACAUGCACUCCAACAACAUGCACUCCAACAACGCGCACUCCAACAAUGCGCACUCCAACAAUGCGCACUCCAACAGCGCCAACUCCAACAAUGUGAACUCCAAUGAGGCAUACCCUGAUGCAACAGUGACCAAGGCAAGCAGGACAGAAGAUCACAACAGAAGGAAACGCAAGACUCCCCCAAGCAUGCAAUUCAUCAACUCCAUGUCCACCUCUGGUGGAAUUGCUAUGACAGUCUUGAAGAAGCCUUGUGCAACCAGGAAGGACAAAGGUGUCCCUUGA